AUGUCGUCCCAGAUUCCCCUUGUAGCCAACGCCGGCCUCACUCAGCACAACUACUCGCUCUUUGCCCUGCCUGCGGGAUACAUCCUUGCCAUGGCACCUUUCUGGUUUGCUGUAGCCAACAUCAGAACCAAAGUAGGAUGGGAGGCUUUUGACCUCACCAACCCUAGACAGAGCUACAAGAAGCUUGAAACUGCCAAAGUUGAGCCCAGGCUGUAUGGUCGUAUCACUCGCGCUCUUGCGGCGAGCGACAACACCUUCACCAAUAUUGGAUACUUUGCAGCCUCCGUUGUUGCAGGCAAUCUCGCUCAUCUCAGUGCACGGACCCUCAACACUUGUGCUGCGGUAUGGAUUGUCUCUCGGAUUGCCUAUAAUUACGCCUACAUCGUCACCGAGCAGACCAAAUUUGGGAGGAUCCGAUCGUUCUUUUUCACGGUCAGCGUCGGGGCGUGUUUCACGUUGAUCGUCAAGGCUGCCAAUAAGCUCAGCAGCGCUCCCUGGUAG